AUGAGUGAUAAUCCAUUUAAUGCGAGUCUACUUGAUGACGACUCAAACCGCGAGAGAGAAUUGCUAGACGCCGCCACGGAGGCCCUUACAAAACCAAGCCCUUCCUUAGAAUACUGUACUUUGUCCGCAGAUGAAACCCUCGAAAAACUUGAAACUGAUGGGAACAAUGGUUUGCGAUCUUCUAAUGAAGCUAACAAUAGAAGAUCAUUUUAUGGCCCUAAUGAAAUAACCGUAGAGGAUGACGAAAAUCUUUUCAAGAAGUUCCUAUCCAAUUUUAUUGAAGAUCGCAUGAUCCUACUAUUGAUAGGGUCGGCUGUCGUCUCUCUCUUUAUGGGUAACAUCGAUGAUGCUGUUAGUAUUACAUUGGCCAUUUUUAUCGUGGUUACCGUCGGCUUUAUCCAAGAAUAUAGAUCUGAAAAAUCUUUAGAGGCUCUAAAUAAGUUGGUGCCUGCUGAAUGUCAUUUAAUGAGGUGUGGUCAGGAGAGUCAUGUGUUGGCCUCGACCUUGGUUCCGGGCGAUCUGGUUCAUUUCAGAAUCGGUGACAGAAUCCCCGCUGAUCUUAGAAUCAUUGAAGCCACCGAUUUGUCCAUUGACGAAAGUAAUCUAACCGGUGAAAAUGAACCGGUGCACAAGUCCUCACAAACCAUUGAGAAAUCUUCUUUCAACGAUCAGCCUAACUCAAUUGUACCGAUCGCUGAGAGAUCCUGUAUAGCGUACAUGGGUACUUUGGUCAAAGAAGGCCAUGGUAAGGGUAUUGUGGUUGGAACGGGUACAAACACAUCCUUUGGUGCUGUCUUCGAAAUGAUGAAUAACAUCGAAAAGCCAAAGACUCCGCUGCAAUUAACAAUGGAUAAACUAGGAAAAGAUCUGUCAUUGGCUAGUUUCAUAGUUAUUGGUAUGAUUUGUUUAGUUGGUAUCAUCCAAGGUAGAUCUUGGCUGGAAAUGUUCCAAAUAUCGGUUUCAUUAGCAGUUGCUGCAAUCCCAGAGGGUUUACCGAUUAUUGUCACUGUUACUUUGGCGUUAGGUGUUUUAAGAAUGGCUAAGCGUAAAGCUAUUGUAAGGAGAUUGCCAAGUGUCGAAACUUUAGGCUCUGUCAACGUCAUUUGCUCCGAUAAGACAGGUACUUUGACUUCAAACCAUAUGACUAUAUCAAAACUUUGGUGCUUAGAUAGUAUGUCUAAUAAGCUAAACGUCUUGUCAUUAGACAAAAACAAGAAGACAAAAAAUUCUAGUGGCAAUCUAAAAAACUACUUAACUGAAGACGUUAAGGAAACAUUAAUUAUCGGAAACCUUUGUAAUAAUGCAUCUUUUUCCCAGGAACAUGCUACAUUUUUGGGGAAUCCAACCGACGUGGCCCUUUUAGAACAAUUAGCAAAUUUUGAAAUGCCUGAUAUUAGAAACACCGUUCAAAAGGUGCAAGAACUUCCAUUCAAUUCUAAAAGAAAAUUAAUGGCUACCAAGAUCCUCAAUCCCGCCGACAAUAAAUGUACAGUCUAUGUUAAAGGUGCAUUCGAAAAAAUUCUGGAAUACUCUACAAGUUACCUGAAAUCUAAAGGCAAAAAAACAGAAAAAUUGACUGAUGCUCAAAAAGAUACAAUCAAUGAAUGUGCAAAUUCGAUGGCAUCUGAAGGUUUACGUGUUCUUGGAUUUGCUAAACUAACAUUAUCUGAUUCAUCAACUCCACUAACUGAAGACUUGAUCAAAGAUUUAACCUUUACGGGGUUAAUCGGUAUGAACGACCCCCCAAGACCCAACGUUAAGUUCGCCAUUGAACAACUAUUACAAGGGGGUGUCCAUAUUAUUAUGAUCACUGGUGAUUCUGAGAAUACCGCUGUAAACAUUGCACGACAAAUUGGCAUUCCAGUCAUUGAUCCAAAGCUUUCUGUUUUAUCCGGCGAUAAGUUGGAUAAGAUGUCUGAUGAUCAACUUGCUAAUGUAAUUGACCACGUUAAUAUAUUUGCUCGUGCCACACCCGAGCACAAAUUAAAUAUUGUUCGUGCCUUAAGAAAAAGAGGUGAUGUCGUAGCAAUGACUGGUGACGGUGUCAACGAUGCUCCUGCGUUAAAACUUUCAGAUAUUGGUGUCUCCAUGGGUAGAAUCGGCACAGAUGUUGCGAAAGAAGCUUCAGAUAUGGUUUUAACUGACGAUGAUUUCAGUACUAUCUUAACUGCCAUUGAAGAGGGUAAAGGUAUUUUUAAUAACAUUCAAAAUUUCCUAACCUUUCAAUUGUCUACCUCUGUUGCUGCGCUAUCGUUGGUAGCCCUAUCUACAGCAUUUAAACUCCCCAACCCAUUGAAUGCAAUGCAAAUUCUUUGGAUCAACAUUUUAAUGGACGGUCCACCAGCUCAGUCUUUAGGUGUGGAACCUGUCGAUCAUGAAGUUAUGAAGAAACCUCCAAGAAAACGUACCGAUAAAAUUUUGACUCAUGAAGUGUUGAAGCGUUUGCUAACCACUGCGGCUUGCAUCAUCAUAGGGACGGUUUACAUUUUUGUCAAAGAAAUGGCCGAAGAUGGUAAAGUAACCGCCAGAGAUACUACUAUGACUUUCACUUGUUUCGUUUUCUUCGACAUGUUCAACGCUUUGGCAUGUAGACACAACACAAAAUCAAUAUUUGAAAUUGGCUUUUUCACGAACAAGAUGUUCAACUAUGCAGUUGGACUUUCUUUAUUGGGUCAAAUGUGUGCCAUAUAUAUACCAUUUUUUCAAAGUAUCUUCAAAACUGAACGUUUAGGAUUUUCUGAUAUAUUACUGUUGUUACUCAUCAGUAGUACUGUAUUCAUCGUUGAUGAAUUGAGAAAACUGUGGGCAAGGAAAAUGAAUGAAAGAGAUCCGACGUAUUAUUCGAAUGUUUGA